AUGGUGGAAACUCCGACCUCCUCAACUAAAUCAAAUUCUUCCACACCAAUCCACACUUCCUUUGCCAUUAUCAAUAGUCGUUAUUUCCUCCACCAUGGAGAAAAUCCCAACCAAUCUCUCAUCACCGAAUUGCUCAAUGAAGAAAACUAUGCUACCUGGAGUCGAUCUGUCAAAAUAUCUCUCUAUGCCAAGAACAAACUUGGUUUCAUCAAUGGUAAAUUCAAGGCCCUGUCACCAACUGAGCAGCCUGAUGAAUAUGAAUUAUGGGAACGAUGCAAUGAUAUGAUUCUCUCAUGGCUCGCUCACUUUAUAGCCCCUGAUCUUACAUGCAGCAUUGUCUUUGCAUCCAUAGUCCAUGAAGUAUGGGAAGAUUUCCAUCAGCCCUUUGCUCAAGGAAACGCACCUAGAACUUAUCAAAUCCAAAAAUCAAUUGCCUCACAUGAGCAAGGUACUUCUAGUAUUGCUGUUUAUUUCACCAAAUUAAAAUCAUAUUGGGAUGAACUCUCUAUUUAUCGCCCUCCUUUAAGUAGCACACACCCAGAUGUGCAAGAGAUAGAGAAACAAAAAGAACAAGACCGGUUAAUGCAAUUCCUUAUAGGUCUCAAUGACUCCUACAAUGUCGUUUGA